AUGAGACGCUCCAAGGCUGAGUACACCAUCGCCGUGAUCAGCGAGGACACGUACGCCGAGAAACCUGGUGACAUCGACGACCUGGCGUUGCCCGCUGGUCAGAUUGAGUACGUGAAGGAGCUGGCAUCCACAGGUACGAAAGUGAUCUUGGUGUUGUUCGAGGGUCGUCCACGUCUGCUUGGUGACCUACCCGAGACCGUGCACGCGGUGGUGAACGGUUUGUUGGCAUGUGAGCUGGGUGGCCAAGCCAUGGCCGAGAUCAUCUACGGCAAAGUAAACCCCAGCGGCCGCAUGCCGAUCACGUACGCGAAGGACCAGGCCAACAUCCAGAUGACGUACAACCACCCUGUGACGAGCAUGUGCCAGACGCAGGAGUCCGACGGUGCUUAUUACUGCGAGAAUCAGUGGGAUUUCGGAACGGGUCUCAGCUACACCGAGUUCACCUACUCUGAAGUGCGUCUGAGCCGCAACGUCGUCACGUCUUCGGCGGAAGACGUCGUAGUGUCUGUGGAUGUUACGAACGCUGGUAGUGUAGCCGGUAAGGAGACCGUCAUGCUCUUCCUCAUCCAGCCAUACAACUUGCUGAAUGUGCCGGAGAUGAAGCAGCUCAAGAAGUUCUUCAACAUCAGUCUCGAGCCUGGCCAGACACAGAACGUCAACUUCACACUCACAUCUGACGACUGGAGUGUUUACUACCCACAGGUGGGUCACGGGCUCAAGAAGGUGGCCGAGGACUGCGAAUACGUGGUGGCCAUCAAACCGGAGACGGACUGCGACGUGUACAACGAGACGGCCGUGGCCAACCCGCUCUGUGCAACCUUCUCACUCAACACGGGCGAGUAUCCGUUCGGCACGUUCGAGGAGCCGUGGUAA